GCCGCGAAAAGACAUCCAGAGAAUUCCCGAAAGAACCCAGAGAAAUGCUAACGAAACUCCUAAAGAUUAGCUGCACGUCGAGGCAGUGCACCUUUGCCAAGCCCUAUGAGGCCAUUCCAGGACCUCGUGGCCCUUUCGGUAUGGGCAAUCUCUACAACUAUCUGCCGGGAAUAGGAUCCUACUCCUGGCUGAAGCUACACCAGGCCGGGCAGGAUAAGUACGAGAAAUAUGGAGCAAUUGUCAGGGAAGUCAUAGUGCCCCGGCAGGACAUUGUCUGGCUGUACGAUCCUCGGGAUAUUGCUUCGCUGCUCAACGAACGCGAUUGUCCUCAGCGGAGGAGUCACCUGGCCCUGGCCCAGUACCGUCAGAGGAGACCGGAAGUGUACAAGACCACGGGACUGCUGCCCACCAAUGGUCCGGACUGGUGGCGCCUUCGUGCCCAACUCCAAAAGGAACUAAGUGCCCCAAAGAGUGUGCGUAGCUUUGUUGGCCAAGUGGAUGGAGUGACCCAGGAAUUCCUAAGAUUUCUCCAAGAGUCACGGAAUGGCGGCAGUGAGGCCAUCGAUAUGCUACCCAAACUCACCAGAUUGAAUUUGGAAUUAACCUGUCUGCUUACCUUUGGAGCCCGCCUGCAGUCCUUUUCCCCCAAGGAACAGGAUCCGGAGUCCCGUUCCACACGUUUGAUGCAUGCUGCUGAGACCACAAAUAGUUGCAUCCUGCCCACGGAUCAGGGUCUUCAGCUGUGGCGCUUCCUGGAGACGCCCAGUUAUCGGAAGUUAAGUCAUGCCCAAUCCUACAUGGAGGGAGUGGCUCUGGAACUUUUAGAGGAGAAUAUAAAGAAAGGAUCAAUAGGUUCCUCGCUCAUCUCAGCUUACCUCAAAAAUCCAGAACUGGAUCGCAGUGAUGUCGUGGGAACAGCUGCAGAUCUGCUCCUGGCAGGAAUAGAUACCACCUCGUAUGCCUCGGCUUUUCUGCUCUAUCAUGUGGCCAGGAAUCCGGAGGUACAGCAGCGACUCUUCGAGGAGGCCAAGAGAGUGUUACCCAAUGCCAAGGAGAAGCUAUCUGCAGAUGUCCUGCGUACUGAUAUUACAUAUACAAGGGCUGUUCUCAAGGAAUCUUUGCGCCUCAAUCCCAUAGCUGUGGGUGUGGGCAGGAUACUCAACCAGGAUGCAGUUUUCAGUGGUUACUUUGUGCCCAAGGGGACUACAGUGGUAACCCAGAACAUGGUUGCAUGUCGACUACCCCAGCACUUUGAGGAGCCUUUACUCUUCAAGCCGGAUCGUUGGCUCCAGCAUCGGAGUGCCCUGAAUCCCUACCUAGUCCUGCCCUUCGGUCAUGGAAUGAGGGCCUGCAUUGCCCGACGCCUGGCCGAGCAGAAUAUGCACAUCCUUCUCCUUCGGCUGGUACGCGACUUUGAACUGAUUUGGAGCGGUUCCGAUGCCGAGAUGGAUGUCAAGACCUUGCUGAUUAACAAACCCGAUGCUCCCGUUCUCAUCGAGCUGCGACCACGUACCGAAUAAGUUUUACAUCUAAGUCCAUUUUGGAACACUACUUCUUGAGAGA